AUGCAAGGUCUCAUAGAGCGCUCUAACGAACAAAGUGUGCUUCUUACAAGCCGGAUUGCUCGCUCCUAUGACUACUCUGGAAAUACAAGUCACAUCGACCCAGAGAUGCUGAGAGAAUAUAAUGCAUCUAUACGUUCCAAUGAACAAAAAAGAAAAGGGUAUCUGGGAAAUAUCCCAAAUGAACUCUUGAUCGCCAUCAUCCAGGAAGCAGCCGUCGAGUGGGCCGGGACCAUUGGACAUCUCAAACGUCUACUCGUCUUUAGCCUGGUCAAUCGUCGAUGGGCAAACUUGAUUCUCCAAACACAAUCCCUCUGGACGCAUAUCAUUUUGACAGAGAAUAUAGAGGACCUCGAGGCGACAACAGCCCUUCUUCUCGCGCUCUCAGGCGAUUCACAAUUGCACUUAGAGUAUCAGCUGGGGUCUCAUCUCGUGCACAAAGUUGCUCACCUCCUUCAGCCUCACCUUCACCGAGUUACGUAUUUACACCUUAUGCACGGCGAAAUUAGGGAUGGUCGGGAUCCAUUUCUUCCGCAUACCAUUUUCCCUUCGGUACGACAAAUCAAGGCAUUCCAGCUCGCCACCCCCGAUAGGAUCUCUUUUCUUUCACGGCAGGAAGCUUUUGCGCCUUACAUAAAUUUGGUGAUCAAUGCCGGUUUUGGAUUUGAUUUGAAGACUAGAGACAAAGGUCUUGUUUCGAUAACUCUACCCUUUUCGUCAGCACCUAUCAUUGACAAUCUCGUGGAUAUCCCAGCACUCCAGGAAGUCUGGCUGACCCGGGUCUAUCUCCCACCCGGAGACUGGUCUCCUACUAUCAAGUGCCCCUUGAACUGGAAGACCCUCCAGAUUGGUCAGAUGCCUUGGGGAAUCAUGCAGAAGCUGCUUAGUAGCUGCGUGUCUCUCGUUUCCCUGACUGUGACGAUUGAUUGGGAAGGAGCACAAGCUUUGAUUAGUAUGAUCCCACGUAUGAUAUACCUAGAGUAUAUUGCCAUCCAAAUCGGAUUGUCGAGGUUUUCAUCUCUAGAAACGAUAGCCAUAUCUAGUGGUGAAAAGGAUACCGAGACCAAGAUCAGGUCGAUAAAGCUCUAUCUCUUUUCGCUCGUCUUUCGAGUGGAACCCCCGACUCGUUUCCUACACUCGCUAUUUCGCAUGUCUCCGAGGCUCGAGUCAUUGGGGAUCUAUGAAUAUCAUGGAAAGAUUCUUGACUUUACCGAAAUCGACAGACUCGAGGAUUUGCGCAACCUCUCCUUGAAGAAGUGUCGAUUUAUUCUGGAUUCGAACGUGGCUAGGCAUAUAUUGGCCUCGCCAUCGCUAGAGGUGGUUAAUAUUGAGGGCUCAAUUGAUAUUCUCAAUUCUCUGGGAAGUCGGACUGCAAUUCGACUCCACUACGGACACGAAAUUGACGAGCUUAAGCCUCGAAUGGAGACGAUUACGAUCCGCCAACAAGAUUGGCCUUCCCUACAGAAGUUAAUGAUGUGGACAAAUGCCGGCCCAAAGAUCCAGCAUGUUAUAUCAAUGACAUCGUUGAGACAACUGGUAUUGUCGGAGCGGGCAAUGGUCACAACCGUAAUCCACUAUCUUGCCUUGCAUCCCGUCGAACUCCCUUUACUUGAUAAUCUCGAACUGAGGGAUUGCCCUGAGUGGGAUAUCCUAUUUAUCAUGUUGGAAAAGCGACUUCUGGCACAAGAAAGUGGGGUCAAACCGAUCCAAACACUACUAUUCCAGAGAGUCAUACCAAUCAACCUCAAGCGCGCUCUCGCUCAGCUUCUGGCAGGCCACCUCGUCUCGCGACCGCCCAAUCUCGAGUUGUCAAUGCACGGAAACCUGCAGAUCUUCUUGGACCCCGAUAUGUGA